UUGCCUCUGCCCUCACCAAAGAUGGCGCCUCCGGCGCCGCUCGCCCACCUCUUGUAACCAAUGGCGCCGCGGCACUCAGCUGACUCACGUGGGCGCCUUCUGUCCUAAACUGUCUGAUGCAACGCCCCUGUAGCGGAAACCGCUGGUGCACGUUGGAGUGCUAAGGCGGCGGCCGUGUUGCGUCUGUGUCCUUGGAGGUGAUCACGGCCACUGCAGGCAUGGUGCUAGCAGAGCUGUACGUCUCUGAACGAGAGGGCGAUGAUGCCACGGGAGAUGGAACCAAGGAGAAGCCAUUUAAAACAGGUCUAAAGGCUUUGAUGACAGUAGGAAAAGAACCAUUUCCUACCAUUUACGUAGAUUCACAAAAAGAAAAUGAGCGGUGGGAUGUUAUUUCUAAAUCACAGAUGAAGAACAUUAAAAAGAUGUGGCAUAGGGAACAAAUGAAGAGUGACUCCAGGGAUAAGAAAGAGGCAGAAGAUAAUUUACGAAGAGAAAAGAACCUGGAAGAAGCCAAGAAGAUUACCAUUAAAAACGAUCCGAGUCUCCCAGAGCCAAAAUGUGUAAGUUUUUUAUCAUUUCAAAUACCGUGGACUUUGCUACAUCAGAUCAUUGUUUCUGUGUUUGAGGGGCAUGCCACAUGGUUUGUUUCUGUACGUUUUCAUAAUUUGAGAACAGUCUGCCUAAAUUAUUAUUUCUCCUUUUUAGGAAAGAAUUUAAUGUUUUUGGUAUUGCGAGAUGGAACAGGUUUUCUUCAGUGUGUCUUGGCGGAUGAGUUGUGUCUGUGCUACAAUGGAGUACUCUUGUCCACGGAGAGUAGCGUUGCAGUGUAUGGAAUGCUAAACCUUACCCCAAAGGGCAAGCAGGCUCCAGGUGGCCAUGAGCUGAGUUGUGACUUCUGGGAACUCAUUGGCUUGGCCCCUGCUGGAGGAGCUGACAACUUGAUCAAUGAGGAGUCUGACGUUGACGUCCAACUCAACAACAGACACAUGAUGAUCCGAGGGGAAAACAUGUCCAAAAUCUUCAGAGCACGGUCCAUGAUCACCAGGUGCUUUAGAGAUCACUUCUUUGAUAGGGGGUACUGUGAAGUUGCCCCUCCAACAUUAGUGCAAACACAAGUAGAAGGUGGCUCCACACUCUUCAAGCUUGACUACUUUGGGGAAGAGGCAUUUUUGACUCAGUCCUCUCAGUUAUACCUGGAGACUUGCAUCCCAGCCCUGGGAGAUGUUUUUUGCAUCGCGCAGUCAUACCGGGCAGAACAGUCCAGAACACGAAGGCACCUGGCUGAGUACACUCACGUGGAAGCCGAGUGUCCUUUCCUGAGCUUUGAGGACCUCCUGAACCGACUGGAGGACUUGGUCUGUGAUGUGGUAGACCGAGUAUUGAAGUCACCUGUGGCCAGCAUAGUGCAUGAACUCAACCCGAACUUUAAGCCCCCCACACGGCCUUUCAAACGGAUGAACUACUCAGAUGCUAUCGUGUGGCUAAAAGAACACGAUAUAAAGAAAGAAGAUGGAACUUUCUAUGAAUUUGGAGAAGAUAUCCCAGAAGCUCCUGAGAGACUGAUGACAGACACCAUUAAUGAACCAAUCUUGCUGUGUCGAUUUCCUGUGGAAAUCAAGUCCUUCUACAUGCAACGAUGUCCUGAGGAUCCCCGUCUUACUGAGUCUGUCGACGUGUUGAUGCCCAACGUUGGUGAGAUUGUGGGAGGCUCAAUGCGUAUCUGGGAUAGUGAAGAAAUACUGGCAGGUUAUAAAAGGGAAGGGAUCGACCCCACUCCCUAUUACUGGUAUACAGAUCAGAGAAAAUAUGGCACAUGUCCACAUGGAGGCUAUGGCUUGGGCCUGGAACGAUUCUUAACAUGGAUUCUGAAUAGGUAUCACAUCCGAGACGUGUGCUUGUACCCUCGAUUUGUCCAGCGCUGCAAGCCAUAACCCAUGUCUCCAGAAGUGCGGAGGAAUGAUUAUGAAAAAAAAACAGGCUGCCUCUUUAAAAAAGAAAACAAAAAGCCAAAAUCUUCCUUUUUUCAUUCCAUUGGUGUUUUCUCUUUCUUUUUUUCUUUCUGCUACCAUAAAAGUACCCCAAAUCACCUGAACAUCGAGUGAUAUUAGGGUUGUCAUCUUAAGAAAAGAUAUCCAUUACAAAGUUUGGGAGAAAUAGCUGGCAUGAAACUGUAGUUAGGGAUACAUUUCGGCAUUUUAUUCACUUCAUUCAAGUUAAUCAUUUUAUUCAAGUUAUAUCUGUGUAAUUCAACAGUUUUAGAUCAUGGUCUAAGAUAUUCCAGUAACUUAAUCUUUCUGUCCUUUUAAGUGUACCUGGAAUUCUUUGAUUUAUUUUAUUGCAUCAAUGAGUUACAACAAAAAUCUUGGAGGGGAAAUUGGCAAUAUGGUAUAAAAAUUUGCUCAUAUUAGACCACAGUAUGAUUCAGCAGUUAGACACUGGAAUCAAAUGAAUACAGUCUUUUGCAUCAGUUAUUAAUCUUUUCUAAGUCUGCAUAGCUGCUUAUAAGUCUGAGACAUACUAAUUGAUAGGGAAGAAUUUGUAAAACCAGAAUGGCCUUAAAGGUAUUGAAGUAAGAGCAUAAUUCUGGGGAGAGGUCUUCAGUGAUUCACAGUAUCCCUGUUAGCUUUAGCUUAAGGUAAAGAGGCAGACUGAUCUUCCCUCUUUCCUGGUAAUUCCUAAGUAAUUAAGAAUAAAUAAGUUCCAAAAGAAUUUGCAGCUGGAAUCUUAAUAACAACUGUAAGUGGCUGUUUUAGUUUUUACCACUCUGUCCUUACAUCUAAUCUGUGCUACCUUAUUAACUCACAGCAGACUUACUGGAUGGCUUCAUUUCAGAUUUAAUUUCUCCCCCAAAUGCAUGUCAUGUAUUCUCAAUAAUCUGUACUCCCAGCAUUCAAUAAAUGAACACAAGUAAAAGCUC